CCCAAUAUCCUCGCCCACCUUCUCUCACCAUGAACGCGAAUCACGAGCGCGGUGUCUGAACAAGAAACACCCAACCCUCUCCUUUUCCCUGCAAACACCCUCAGUUCCGAUUCAUUUUGCGUCUCAUGGCGAAGCCGAACGGGCCAUCCUUCAUGCUUGCUGCUGCUUCGGUUAUGUCCGUAUUACUGCUAGUGAUGGCACCCCGAGCAGGGGCCUUGAUGCCCUUCUCGCGAUCCCUCUGGGAUGCCAUGAUUCUCCCUAACGACGACCCUUUCCGGAUUCUCGAGCAGUCGCCCCUGAACUUCCCCAAGGGCGCUGAGACCUUAGCUCUAGCACGGGCCGACUGGAAGGAGACCACGUCCGAGCACGUGAUCACACUCGACGUCCCCGGCAUGAAGAAGGAAGAUGUGAAGAUCGAGGUCGAGGACAACAGGGUUUUAAGGAUCAGCGGCGAGAGGAAAACCGAGGAGGAGGUCGAGGGCGAGAAGUGGCACCGGGCGGAGAGGACCGCUGGCAAGUUCUGGAGGCAGUUCCGUCUGCCUAUGAAUGCGGAUUUGGACCGCAUCAAGGCACACUUGGAAGACGGGGUCCUGAAAAUCACCGUGCCUAAGAUUGCCGAGGAGAAGAGGAGGCAGCCGAAGGUCAUCGACAUUGCCGGGUCCGAAUCUUCCGGGGAGGACAUCAAGGCCACUAAAGCCGAGAUGUGAGAAGGCAUUCGCGCAUCCCGUCCGGCCUUCGUUUUAUUGAAAUGUGGGCGACGAAUAAGUAAUUUCGGGUUGCUUAUACUGAUGAUCGUGGCUUUUAUGUAUGUAGCUUUAGGCGAAUACAAAGAUGAUAGCUUAGUUAACUGCUGUAUCUUCUUUCAGUUUUGGAAUGUCCAGCAACAUGUUUUGAUAUUUCUCCUUUGUAAUGAAUAAAUACGACCAAUUAUAUUUGCUCGGUA